UUGAAGCUUCAAACGCGCUACAUUUAUCUAAACAUGAAGUUCCUCAUCGUCUUCGUCGCCCUCUUCGCUGUGGCUCUGGCAGCACCAUCUGAUCCAACAACCACCAUCCUGAAAUCUAUUUCAGAUGUUGGACCCGAAAGCCACCAUACUGAGUCGGAGACAUCUGAUGGUUCUUACUUCUCAGAAAAUGGCCACCUUAAGUAUCAAGGCACAGAUCAUGAGGCUUAUGUACUUGAUGGCAAAUACAGUUUCGUUGCCGCCGAUGGUAAAACCUACGAAGUCACCUAUAUUGCCGAUGAGAACGGUUUCCAGCCUCAGGGCGCUCAUUUGCCCGUGGCCCCAGAGGCUUAAAUAUCUUCUUUAAGUUUUUAAUAAAAUGAUUGAUUAUUGAGCAAA